CUAACUCUAAUUAUUUUUGAACAGCUGCAGGCAUCAGAGUACACUGGCGGCUAUGAACAAAGCUCCGGCUCGGAUGGCCACGACUUCGGAGGCCAGGGUGACUACGGCGGCGGUCAAGAUUUCGGUGGUCAUGGAUUCAGUGGGCACGACCUGAAGGCCCACUCAUAUCCAGUUCACCAACACGUGGAAGAAGAAAACCCAGAACAGAUAAAGCAUUACAAGGAAGUCGUUGUACCAAUCCCUAAAAACGUAGAAUUCAAAAUCAACCAGCCUAUCCUCAUCCCGGUGCCGCACCCCGUUCCUAUUCAAGUGCCAGUGCCAAAGGCGGUCGUAAUUCCUAUUAUUAAAGAAGUUUCUAUUCCCGUUGAGAAGUCGGUACCAUAUCCCGUAGAGAAACAGGUACAUGUACCGAAAAUUAAGGAAGUGCCGUUCGAGGUAGUGAAGCAUAUUAUUGUGCCAGUAGAGAAGCCUGUGCCUUUUAAAGUACCUGUUUACGAAACCAUCAUACAUACUAAAAAAGGUUCCCAUAAAAUUUAAACUCUACGGUAAUUUUAGUUUUCUUCCCACCUCUUCGCUAAAAUUACAUCCUUCUAAAUACUUUCUGCUUAAAAAAAUGAUGUAUUAACCUUUCUUGAACUAAUAAUAUCAAUAGGUAAAAUGCAGUUAACAAUUUGUUGUUUAAUGCAUUUUACCUAUUAAUAUAAACCGAUAUAACUUUGUGGAUGAGUGUGUACCAAACUUAUUUAUUUCAUUACUUUGUAUUAAACCAAGUGCGUGACUUUCUUUUUGUGUACAAUAAUAUAUUGUGAGUGUGAUUGUGUCAUGGUUGUGUAUAUAUUUAGCACUAAGAUAGAAUAAAAACAUUGUUACUGUU